GGGAGCCGAUCAUAACACGGAUGAUGCUCGGCGCGCGUGCGCUGAGCCAGGGGGCGGACCGAUACGGGACCAGACGGAAGAUUGUGACAUGCGGCAUUCAGGCGUGAAAUUUAAAGAAAAUUAGGGUAUACAGUGGGUAACUGUAUUGUGAAGUAGGGUUGACCAAAAGGCAGUCGACCACCCAAGAUGCCUGGCAUCACAUUGCAAGAAGUUGGGGGAGAUUUGGUCAUAAAUGUUCCAGAUGACAAAAUUGUCAUAGGCAGAGGGCAAUUUCUACAGGUGAGCGACAAGCGUGUGUCAAGAAGUCAUGCUCUCCUCGAGAUUACAGAUGGGAAGCUGUACAUUACCCCAACACACACCAACCCAUGCUUCUUACGUAGCCAACCGACAAAGGAGCAGAAGAUAUUGACCCGGGAUGUGAAGCAAGCUUUGGUUCAUGGGGAUGAAUUUGGUCUUUUACCUGACCAGUUCUUUUACAAAGUGUCAUAUCCCCAAAUCAAUGGGAAAAGCAGUGAUGAUGUCAAGGAAGAGAUCAAGGAAAGUGAGAAGUCUGAAUCUCCAGCCAACGCUGCCGUCUCAAAUGGAGAUUCGAGGGAUGAAUCCGGCAAAGACAGACAGGAGUCCAAUGAGAAUACAGAAAAACCAAAAGAAAAAUCAGCAGCAGAACCUGACCAGACAGAGCGAGAGCAGAAGCCGCAAGAGAAAGAAAAGGACAAGGAAGAGGAAAGUGAAGAGGAGGCCAAGCCAGCAUCUAAAGUCCUGCACUUAGAAGGCAAAGGUGACAUGGCCAUGCCCUUAGAAAAGAAGAGGGUGUUGCCUGAUUGGAUGCUGAAAGUUGCCGGAUCCACCAGCCCUGUCAAGGCCAAACCAGCAGCAAAGAGACCUGUAGCCACGGCUGUCAGCAAAAGAGAACCUGGUACAAAGCUAACCACAUAUGCGGAUGAUGAUUAUGAUGAUGAAGAUGAAGACGAAGAGGAAAAGGAGGUGUACAAACCAAGGAAAAGAGCGAAAGUUGUUGUGAACAGCGAUGACGAGUUUGAUGAGAAUUUCUCAGAUGACGAUUAUGUGCCGGAGAAAACAUCGUCUCGGGGUGGCAGAGGGGGGAGGAGAAAGAGGAAUGUGAGUGACAGUGAAGAGGAGGAUGACUUUAGUGAUGAUGACGAUGAUGACUACUCCCCUCAGAGAAAGAAGGCAAGAACUCCAAAGAAAGCCACGCCUAAGAGAGGUAAAGGGAAGAAAGGAGGUGCGAAAGGAAAGAAGACACCUGCAAGGUCGCCUCGGAAGACUCCACAGAGGGGCAGUAGCAGAAAGAAGAAGAAUAGUGAUGAUGACGAUGAUGAGGAUGUGUCUUUGCCAAGGGGAGCAUAUGAUGAUGACGACGACGAUGAUGAUGUUGGUUCAGGCCGGAGACCCCAAAGGGCAGCAAGACAGAAAAGAGGAAGUUAUGUUGAUGAUCCGAUGAUUGAGGAAGCCUUGUCAGACUUUGCUUCCGACGAUGAAGACAUAAAUGAAGAUAAGGACAGUGACUUCCAGGUGGAAGGAGAAGACGACUCUGGCAGCGACUGGGAGAAAAAACAAAAGCAGGCACCCAGAGUGAGUAAAAGCCGCGCCCCUCCUCGAGCUGCUACCAAAAGGGGAGCAGGGAAGAAGAAAAAGCCUCGUCGCCCCAGCCGUGCUAGAAAUGAUUCGGAUGACGACGAUGAAGAUGACCUUGAAGAUGAUGAACCAUAUGUUCCACGUCCUUCAAAAAGAAGAGGAGGAGGAAAGCUAUCUCGAGACUCGGACGAAAGUGAUGAUGAUAAGAAGAAAAAGAGGCGGCGAGAACCUUGCCAAUAUGGAAAAAAAUGCUACAGGAAGAAUCCAGUCCAUUUCAGAACAUUCUGCCAUCCAGGGGAUUCCAGCUAUGAUGAGGAGGACAAGGAUUCCUCACCCUCAGGGAAAGAGAGCACAAGGAAAGAGAAAGAAAGCAGAGCCAGUCCUGAGAAACCAAGUCGGCCUCAGAGGAGCACAGCAGGUACCCGGCUAGUCACUCACGGUGUCGACGAUGACGAUCUCCCUGACACAUACGACUACAAUGACAGCUUCAUUGAUGAUGACGCCACUCAGCAGACGGACAAUUCCGGUGGCGAGGAUGAUUCCGACUAUGAUGCAGAAGAAGACGUCCGGGGUCUUGCCAAGGAUGCAAAGAAGUUUGUUAAGAACAAGAAACUGAACAAACCAGUGGGGAAAGUUAUUCAGCCAGACACUUCUUAAUGAGGCGUGGGCUGUGGUGGAAGCAGGUGGACUCUGAAUCUUCACUCUCUCUCUAAGCACACAAUAAAGCUUUGAUCUUGAUGGAGUAAAAUGGUAUCUCAAACUAGAAAAAGAAGGGUGUGUGGUCAUGCAAAAGGAGUAGCAUUUUUACAAAUAUAGAUGUUCAGAAUGAUUCUUUCCCCACCCCUUCAAAAGGAAUCUUGUGAAAUAAAUUACUCUGAUUGAAAGACUUGUCAUAUGCCAGAAGUAGAUGGAAUGCAGUUUGUAUUGUACCCCUGCCCUUGCUGCGGACAUGAUGAGUUAAGGCUAUGCCAGAAUUUUCUGCGAGAUGUAGUCCUGAGUGUAUUAUUAGCUUGUGCCACUGAGACCUGUCUGGUUUAUCAGCCUGUUUUAUUCACCAGUUUUAAUGGUUGUGAAUGAGAAUACAGCUGGCAAUCUCAAAGAACUUAUAUAUGAAAUUCUGAUCAAUGUAGUUACAGCUUUCAGGGACUUUGUUUUGCCAAAUAAACCCGUCUUUGUCUGAGGUUGGUUGGUACAAUGUUUAGAUGACUGUUCUAGUUGCUAGAACAUUCUGUUGGAUGAUCAAAGUAAUUCACAACAGCUUUUAUUACUGCAUACAUUCAUAAGUUGGCUAUAUUUUUGCAAUCGAUGGGUCUUGCGUGUGGAAGGAGCAGUUUCAGUGAACAUAUUUCAGAGCUGGCUAUUAUCUUUAUGCAAACCAAGUCAGAUUGCAUGGUGGUAGUUUUUGUCUCUCUGAGGGACUAUUGUUAAGGCAGCAGACACGGCAGAUUUAUGUUUGGCUUUAGUUCCUCGGGCUGAGGAGCCAACAGCUGUUGUACAAGAGUAUUUGAGCUAUAAAAAAAAACACACUAUUGUCUUCAUCAUUAUCCUCUACACUUGUGCAUUUGUAUACAUGAUCUGUUUUUAUGCUGAGCAAAAAAAAUUUUUUAAUGAAAAUCAUUGUGGUUCUUCCAUUGAGUUGGUGCAUGCGAAAAUUGCUGUAGUGAUUUCAUGUUGUUGUUGAUUUUGUUGCUUUUGGUUGUAGCCUAUGUUUUCUCAGCAUUGCUUUGGGGUUUGUGUUCAGGGGGUGGGUUUUUUUGUUUUUUUUUGUCAGAUGUUUUUCAUGCUGAUAAUGUCAAUGAUUAUUAGCUUGUAUAAGCUGUUUAUGGUUGGCGGAAGGAUGAAGUUUUGUUGACAAAGGGAAAAGUGUUCUGAGAAUAACAAAGAUCAUGUCUAUGUUUGUGGGUCUUGUAGUGAGUAUAUAUAUAUGAAGACAGCAUGCUUAUUUUUCUUGGUGUACUGUUUCUUAUAACCAUUAGCUUUUAUGUUCCAGGAUUUACAUCUGCAGGGUUUUCUGUUAAAAGUGGUGCUGUGGUUCAAUUGGAAGACAUUAAUUGUGUGCUCGAGCUCAAAUUGUAAAACUUGUAAUUGAUGAUACAACACAAGUAAGGGCAUUUAGAAAAAAAUCACAAGAGACGUCACUGUCCUUUUUCUUAUUCUUUGAAACCAUUCUGGGUUGGUUUAUAUGUUGGUAAAAUUUCCUUGCCAUUUCUCUACGUCGACCUCACAGCUUACAUUUUUCUUUUUAUCACGUAAAACAUUCUCGUAGCAAUGCCCACCCCCCUCCCAAUAAGUUGACUCUGGUUCUUUCACUAUGUAGUGUAGAAAGUAGUCGACUUUGAAAAUAUCUCUUGAGUGUCUCUAUCUGUCUGCUGAGAUGCUGUGUCGCAUACUCCUCAAGGACUGGCCCUGACUGGCAUGCUCAAAGCUCAAAGCCGCCCACUUAAGUUGUAUGGAUGGGGAUGCAAAACAUUUGCAGACAAUCAAAGAGCAUCUAAAUCGGCGAUGUUGCCCCUUGCCCUUUUUUUUUCCCAGACUGAAGCUGAAAUACUAACACCAGCUAUGGUAAUGACUCCUAGCAGAGGGCACCCCUUGUAGUGGCAUUAGUUGUGUUGAACACCUAUGUGAGCAUGAAGCGAUGUCUUACCAUGUAAAUAAUUUAGUGGGGGAACUGGACUCUGUUGGCAACGACAUUGGCACCUGGCUGAAGGAUUCAGUGUUAAGUUUCACCAUCACAGAAUUUAAACUUGUGAUAACUGGUAUAUUAUGAGAAUGUGACUGUUUAUUAACAAGUGUACUAGAAUGUUGUGAAGACUAUCUUUGACAGCACUGCAUCAAUGCCAGUUGAAAGUCAAAUUUCUCAGAUUUAACAAUGUUCUAUUCCACAUUCUGGAAUAUUAUUCAUGUGAUCAUGCGACAGAAAAAAAAGAAACAACAAAUGUUUAUUAAAAAAUUUCUUUUUAAAGUGAAGAUUACUUUCAGCAGUGCAAGAGAAGUUCUUUUCAUAGUGGCGAUAAUUUUAGUGUGAUGUUUGUUCUGUGUGCAAUACGUGAUGGAGACAAAGUUUAGGAUCAAUGGUAGCAGAGAAAAUAGUCCUGACAAAGAGAAUGUAAUAUAUAUAUAUAUAUAUAUAAUGUUUUUGUCCCCCCUAAAGUUGACACGUGGCUUGUGGCUUGUCCCAAUCAACCACACCACAGCUGCUGGUGCAAAAAAUGAGAUGCGUGAGACGGGGAAAGAAGGAAAGUCUAUGGGUGUUAAUCUAUAGUGUAACUUCGGUGAUGGGAGACUGCGAGUUAGACUUGUGCUGGAUAGAUGCAGCCUAACCUUAUUAAAGUCUACCCAGCAGACAAGAAGUGAAGAAGAAAAAAAAAACAGAUAAAAAUAAAAUGCAUCUUUUAUUGAUCUUCAUGAGAGAAUCUGAUUGGCAAAGGCAAGUAGCCUACCAUACAAGAAGAAAAGA